AUGGCUCUGAUCCUCAACAGCAUGCCUCGAAUGCACCUUUCCACUAGCUGCUGUUCUUAUGGCCGUGAGAAUGUAGCUACAUUGCAGUAUCGGACCGUGAGGGACUCAGUGCGAGCUCAACUCUGUAAAUACCCUAAAUUUAACCCUAACCCGUACCCUAAUGCUAACCCUAACCGUAAACCUAAACCGAAACCUAAGCCGUACCCUAACCCUAAACCUAACACUAACCCGUACCCUACCGUAACACUAACACUAACCCGUACCCUAAUCCGUAACCUAACCCGGACCCUAACCCGUAACCUAACCCAAUGGAAUGCUGUGGAAGCGAUCCGUACAGGCCGUCAGAUUGUGGGAGUCUAUGCAAUAAAUCAUUUCCAUUCCUUGUGUUUGUUCUUUUUCAGGUUUUAUGACCAUGGUCUGUCAGUGGGAGCAGCUGAGCUACAGCUACAUGUGGAAGAUUCCAAUGACUCUACAGUACUCUGGAGAGUAUUGUGUAACCAGGGCAACCAGUGGUCACAGGCCACUAUUCAGCUUGGACGCCUUACUCAGCCCUUCCAUUUGUCACUAGAUAAAGUCAGUCUUGGCAUUUAUGACGGAGUCUCAGCUAUUGAUGACAUCAGAUUUGAAAAUUGUACCCUUUCUCUUCCUGCAGAGAGCUGUGAAGAGCCGGACUUUUUCUGGUGUCGACGCAGCAAGGCUUGCAUAGAAAAACUUCUGUUAUGUGAUUUGGUAGAUGAUUGUGGUGAUCAUACUGAUGAGGUUGACUGUGUACCUGAGUUCCAAUGUAACUUUGAAAAUGGAAUCUGUAACUGGGAACAAGAUACAGAAGACGACGUUGAUUGGACCAGGAAGCACGGUCCAACUUCAACACUUAAUACAGGGCCAAUGAAGGCUCAUACCUUGGGCACAGCUAAAGGACACUAUCUCUACAUAGAAUCUUCGGAGCCACAGGUUUCCCAAAACAGAGCUACUUUACUCAGCCCUGUCCUCAAUGCCACCGAUGCAGGGGGCUGCACCUUCCGCUUAUAUUACCACAUGUGUGGAAAGCAUAUUUAUAGGCUGGCCAUCUACCAGAGAGUUUGGAGUAACACAAGAGACAGCUGCUGUGGCAGAUAUUUGGGAAUCAAGGCAACAGAUGGAUAAGGAAACGCCUCAAUCUUUCCAGCAGGAAGCCUUUUCAGGUAUAGAUAAUGGCUUUCGUAAUGUGUAUUUAAGAUGCAUUCAGAAUGUCUAAAGAAUAUGAAAGAUCACUAUAUCCUUGAAUUAAAAGCCAGUGGAAUUUGGUCAGAGUUAUUUGGAAGUACAUUUAUCAUGCAAUUAAGGUUGUGCCAAAGCAUGUUAAGUUGCUUUCCUCUUUGACUACCCCCAAUAAUCUGUGAUUAAAAUUUCUAAAGGUGGACACAUGGCAUUGGCAGCAGCUACAGGUCCCUCUGACUUUAAGUCAUUUUUCUCUUGAAAUAAAAAAUCUGGAGGGAAAAAGAGUUUUGCGCAAUAUAUGGUACUCUGCCAAAUGUUCAGGUUCUAAAAUCUGUGAUUUUUAAAUAUUCCAUCAGACUUUUCCACCUUUUAUAGGUAAGCAGCAGAAAUUCGAGAAGGGUGCAUGCUGUGUUGGAGAAUCACACAGCUACUCUGGGGCAGAGCCAGAGGUCUAGCUAGGUCUCCUCACUCCUGCUGAAAUAUUCUUUACUGUGAUUCUCACCUACCUUCUCCUAAAAGGAAAACUUGGGGGCAGCCCGGAUAGCUCAGCGGUUUAGCGCUGCCUUCA